AUGACGGGCAUUGACGGUGACGGGUUAGUUUUGGAGGAUGCAGAUGCAACCGGAUCUCCUCUCAGUGGUGAGCCUUUCUAUUCCACCACUGGAGCAACAGCAAAUGAGGCAGCAGGUGCAGCUGCUCCAAAACUGGUGGCUCCUGGAAGUGGCGGUUCGUUGAAAAGGAUGACAAGGGUUGAAGAGCUGCAGGAGAUGGACAUGGACAUCAAGGAAGUUCCAGGGAAUUGCUCCACGGCCACCAGCCGAAAGAGCCCGACCACACAGGCCUGUUGCAAGGAGGCAGUUGAGCGAUUGUCAGUCACUGGACAGAUGAGGCAGGAGUAUCUUCGCCACCAGCGCUUGACUUCACACCUUGAACAGUGGUGGCGGCAUUUGUCACCCACGAUCAGAAGGAGCUUCGAGGCACGUCAGGCGGAUUGGGCAGCCGGGCGCCAGUGGAGCGGUGUGGCAGUGCUGCUCACCGGCCAGGUGCGUGAUGGGACCAAACAAUAUGUGGCGCAGAACAUCCGCAGGAAUGUCUUCAAGGAGUUGGCUGGUGCAUCCACCAUGUACCACAUCUUCGCGGUCUUGGAGUACACCAGGUUCGGCUUCAGCUGGCGGGGCAGCAAAAAUGAAACGCGGGACUUUGAGGACAAGGACGUGCGACAGAUGCUGGAGGUGUACGGAGGCAACUACACACUCGUGGAAUGGGGAGCCGCUGAGAAGGCCGCGGCCUAUCGGGACCUCCGAGCCAAGUGCCUGGUGAACCACAAACUCCGUCGUGUUUAUGCUUUGCCCUUGCAGUACAUGAAGAUCAAGGCCGCACUGCAGCUCAUGAGGGCCUAUGAGGAUGAAUUCGAUAUGCACUUCGCCCUUGUGGUGAGGAUUCGCCCUGACGUCACGUACGCAAGCUCCUUGGGGCGGCUUCUCAAGAGCAGAUUGGACGCUGCCAGAGCACCAGUGAACGCUUCCGUUCCCAACAUUUGCGGCUCCAUCGGUGGCGGCUUGGGGGAUGCCUUCCUGCUGGCGGACCGUGCGAGUGCUGAUGCCCUGGGCCAGGUGGCGGCCUUUGUGCAGAGCUGCCCGGUGGACGAUCAUUGCCAGUCAUGGGCGGUGACGAAGGAAGCAUGCUUGAAAGUGCCAAACCUAGCCAGUGGCAGCGCAGGGAUGCAGGACGAGGUCUGUACGCAUGCGUGGGUUCCUUCGCUGCUCCGGCAGGGCGUUCCGACCACAAACUGUGGAAUCAGUGGGAUGCUGGGCUCUGGAAAACCGUAG